AUGGAUACUCUCAAGGAAUUACUUGUGCCAAAAGCAUUCAACAAAUAUAGCCACUUCGCAGUCGUGUCAAUUUGGUUCGUGAUGGGUGCAACCUUCCUCGGCAUUUUUAUUGAAGUGGAAAACACCGAACCCAGGUUUGAUUUCCGUUGCGGUGCAGCGAAGACUGAAAACAUUGAUCUCGUCCGUGGAAAAUGUUUCCGGCAAUACAUGAAGCAGUACAACAAAUACGGUGUUCCCGUCUAUGGCUUCGUGAUCAUCAAUUUCUUCCUUAUUGCUGCUGUAUAUGCUGUGUACUCCCAAAUAGUGAAAAAUACAGUCAAUGAACUGUCGUCAAGCACUGGCAACGGUGACCCUGAGAGUCAGUCGGGCGACCAAGAGAACAAAAAAUCAAAGGGAAAACAGCUUUUCAUCGCUUACUGCUGCCAACUAUCUACGAGACUUGUUUUAGGAGUUCUUUCCAUGAUCCUUCAAACUCAGUUGCUUUAUCCUCUCGAGUUUUCCUAUACGUUUGACUGUUAUUUACCCUCCAGAACCAAUCAGCCAAGGAAUUCAUCGGACGCCACCCAAAACUCUGCUUUUUACGAAUGUAGCAAUCAACGAGCGGAAAAGAAAACCUUCUGGAUGAACGCUAUUCUUGUAGUGAAUGGAAUUUUUGUCGCUGGCAUUCUUAUUGAAACCAUCUACAUUUUGUCACGGGCAUGCAUAGAAAAGAAGUUCAUGAAAAACUCAAAGUUUCUUGAAACACAUUUAAAUCCCAACCAUGGAAAAUCUCAUCAGGAACCUCAAAGGCAAGAAGGAAGAAUAGAACAUGAUGUUGUUCCACUGCAAAGAGAGCGAGAACACCGUGCGACCCAAAUUGAGUCCCACCAAGAACCUCAAAGUCAAGAUGACGUUUUCCCACUACAACCACGGGAUGAAAUCGAGUCGCAUCAAGAACCUCAAAAGCCAGAUAGAAGGUGCGGACAUGAUAAUGUUCCUCCGACGCAAAGGGAACCAGAACAGCUCCAAAACUCAAAUCUUCAACGAUUCAUUGCGAAAACAAAGGAAAUAAUUCAAGAAGACACCCAAAACCUUUUUGAGCUCCAAUCACCUUUUUUAGGAAACCCAGGCGAGCAAACGGCAGUUAAACAUUUGACUUUGGAUCAGAUUUACACAAAUCUUACAGUUAUUAAUGAUAGAGAUACGUAUGACUUUACUGAAGACAGACAGGAGCAACUCAAAGUUUACCCAAGGUCGCGCAAGGGAGAAUCACAACCCAAAGGCUUAGAAGACCUCCUAACGGAUAAAAGUAAGAAAGUUUUGGUUGUUGGUCGUCCCGGAAUCGGCAAAACAUUAUGUUGUAUUAAACUUCUCAGAGACUGGGCAUUUGAUGAAGUUUUUAUAGCGACAUCUAAUGCUGAAACGCACUUUGAUGCUGCCUUUUUCGUAAAAUUCAGAAGAUUCAACUCGACCGACGUCCUGAACCUCAAGGAACUAUUGAUUCAGUCAGAGCAUUUUCCCCCAGACCACCUGGAUGAUAAAGUCUGGAAAUACAUCCUGCAACACCCUAAACGCGUCCUCAUACUUUUUGACGGAUUCGAUGAAUUCAAACAUGAUGCUAAGAUCGUUCAGGCGCCUCCUCGUCCCAGCGUAGAACAGCAAAUGCCGCUCCGAAUCCUCUAUCACUGUCUUGUGCACGGAAAACUCCUCAAAGAUGCCUCAAUUGUGACCACGACGAGACCUACGGCUUUGCCGAGCAUCAGACGCCUUCCAUUCGACAAAAUCUGCGAGAUUUUGGGGUUUUCAACCGAGCAAAUUGAAGAAUAUGUCUACAAAUUUACGGGAGACGACAAGCAAGCAGGCGAAACACUAUGGCGACACAUCAACAGCAACAUGAACUUACUUUCGCUCUGUUAUGUCCCUGUGAACAGCUUCAUCAUAUGCUCAAGUCUGUCACAAAUAUUGCAGUUCGAAAGUUCCGCUGUUGUUACCCUUCCUUCCAAAUUAACCAAGAUAUACAAGAUUGCAGUGAAAUUGUUUUAUUUUAGACACACUAAAGAAUUCCACGAUACUGAUAUCACUCGUGAACACUUUGAAUCUGAUGAAUUGUCCUCGGAUGUGGAGGAGAAAUUCGAGAAACUAGGAAGAGUGGCGUUUGAAGGAAUCAAAGAAGGAAAACUGAUCCUUGAAGGAAACGAAGUACGCGGAAUGGAAGACAACGCGCUUUUUCAUCGCUUACCCGACCGUAAAACCAGCGCGCUUAAACUUGAACGACAAUUCUGUUUCAUUCAUCUGACAAUACAAGAGUUUUUCGCUGCGAGGCACUUGGCAAAUAGUAUGAGUGAAACAGAAUUGAGGAACUUUGUUUCCGAAAACAUCAAGAACGGCAAAUGGCAACUGGUUUUUCAGUUUCUGGCAGGACUAAUGGAGGAUAAAGUUCACCUACCAAGCGAAAUCAUCACUGACCUUCUUCCUGUGAAAACUGAAAUGAAAGAAAGCGCCGACUCCAACGAACAGUGGACCGAGAAUGAAGACAAAAUGGUGACCUGCUGGCCGACUGAAGACGAACAAGAUUUAGCAGUGACGCUUUUUAAAUGUGGUAACGAAAGUGAUAAGAUGGAGUCGAUAGUUCAGAGAAAACUUCAACAAAUAAACUUUAAUUUUGUAAAUUUUAUUCGUGGUUACCUCACAGCUGUUGAUUGCUCUUCGUUAGUAAAUGUAAUUAAGAAUGUUCAACAAAUUUCACAUUUAGAUUUGAGUCAAAACGAUGUUGGUCCAUUAGGUAGUUUUGAGAUUUGUAAAUUGUUAACAUGUAAGGAAUCUCAACUACGCUGGUUGAACCUCACAAGAAAUCAACUGACAGACGAAGCAGCAAAGUAUUUAGCUGAAGCCAUCAACAACAACAACUGUCAGCUACACACGUUAAACCUCUCACACAAUAACAUCUCACACAUUGGAGCACAGCACUUGGCUGACGCCAUCAACAACAACAACUGUCAGCUACACACGUUAAACCUCUCAGACAAUAACAUCUCAGACAUUGGAGCACAGCACUUGGCUGACGCCAUCAACAACAACAACUGUCAGCUACACACGUUAAACCUCACAUACAAUAACAUCUCAGACAUUGGAGCACAGCACUUGGCUGACGCCAUCAACAACAACAACUGUCAGCUACACACGUUAAACCUCACACACAAUAACAUCUCAGACAUUGGAGCACAACACUUGGCUGACGCCAUCAACAACAACAACUGUCAGCUACACACGUUACACCUCACACACAAUAACAUCUCAGACAUUGGAGCACAGCACUUGGCUGAAGCCAUCAACAACAACAACUGUCAGCUACGCACGUUAAACCUCUCACACAAUCGACACAUAACAAGCAAGCAACACGUACGUUAUUUACUAAGCAAUAGUCAGUGUAAGCUUAUCCUUUAGGCCUCAGCAAUUCCAAUUAAAAAAUGAAAAAAUUAUUAUAACAACUUACUAUUCAAAAUAACUGUGAGGUAAC